AUGAUGCAUGAAAUGCAUAUUGAUGAUAAACCAUCUACUACGUCUCAAUUCAUCUUACCAAUGGUAUUUGAAAAUCAAUCUUUGAACCAUUCUCCACAUCAUCAACAACAGCUACAUAAACAACAUUGUGAUCGUACACGGUUUUUUUACCAAUUGCAUCAAAAGAAAAAGGAACGUCGUCUUCCACAUGGUCCAUUAUCUGUACGUCAUCAUCAACAACAUGUAAAAGAAAUUAAAAGAAAUAAUCAAGACCAAAAAAGGGAAAUAAAUUAA